AUGUGGGAUUUAUCACAACAGGUCUUCAGUGUCCCUGGGCCUCAAAAGCUCAUCAAAUCACUAGGCUCGCUGUGGCUAGCCUCGCAGGCAACAGAUGAAAGACCAGCCCCUGGAGUUUCUUCAUCGUGUCCUCUUACGGAUGUCAGCUGUCAAGUCAAAUAUGAUGGUCAAGAUACCUGCUGCUUCAACUACCCGGGUGGCCAAUUCAUGCUGACCCAGUUCUGGGACUUCGAUCCCGCUGUUGGCCCUGAUGACUCCUGGACCAUUCAUGGACUUUGGCCUGAUCAUUGUGGUGGUGGAUUUGAUCAAUACUGCGACUCCAAACGGAAAUAUAGCAACAUUUCACUGAUUUUGGUUGAUGCUGGCCGCGCAGACCUGCUUGAUUAUAUGGGCGCCUAUUGGAAAGAUUUCCGUGGCGACGAUCCCAAUCUGUGGGAACACGAAUGGAACAAGCACGGUACCUGUGUCAGCACCCUCGAGACUGAAUGCUAUACAGAUUACUUGCCGCAGCAAGAAGUAGUAGACUACUUCAACAAAACUGUUGAGAUCUUCCAGCAACUCCCUUCCUACGAGUUUCUGGCCAAGGCUGGCAUUGUACCAUCCUCCCACCAAACAUACAAACGUGCAGAUAUCGAGGCUGCACUUGAAGCUGCUCAUGGCUAUCCAGUGACCUUCCAUUGCCGCAAUGGUGUCUUGAGCGAGAUCUGGUAUUAUUACAACAUCGCAGGAAGCCUGCAGACUGGAAAUUUCAUUCCUUCGGCUCCAGAUGGCCAAAUCUCAAAUUGCCCCGCCAGUGGCAUUCGCUAUGUUCCUAAGAGAGCCCAUCAUGAGCCGACCAGAACAACCACCCAUGGCUCAGCGCCCACUGCAACUGGUGCGCCAUUUUCGGGUAGGGGAAACAUGAUAGUAUCGACCCUCAACCAGAGACGUGGCUGCAUCAUCAGCUAUGGAACGUGGUUCUCGUCUGGAACAUGUGCCUCUUUUCGGGCAGAGAAGACAUCAGGUGACGCAUUCACUCUUAAAUCAAGCAAAGGACUUUGUGCUAUUGAAGAGGAUGCUUUCAGCUGUGGGGAUCAUAUAGAAACCCCUAGCGAAUUCACGGUCAAGGACGAUAAGCUCGCCUAUGAAGGCAAUACGACCUUCUACGCCGAGAACGCCCCCAAAGGCCUAGUGCAGAGCACUAUUUUCGUUGCGCAGGAGGAGCAUCCAAUUGAGUUGGAGAUUACGUGGAAGUCGCGAGACUGGGCAUAA